AUGAGGAGACGACAUAAAGACAAGCACAACACCGACAGUGUGUCCGACAUGUCUUCCAAUGACUCAGCUAGUAUAUUAUCAUCAGCAAGUCAGAACUCAACUCAUAGUAGAAGACUGGCCAGUCUUCAAUCUUUGCAUUCCCAAUCACACCAGUAUCCACAAGGACACAAUAAUAGUUCGCAUAGACAAGCAUCUACAUAUAGUAUUUCCAGUCUUAGUCCAUACGACAAGGGUGCAUCUUUAAGUCGAAAGUCUACCAACAUUUCUAUAUCCCGGCCUAUUAAAACCAAUGAUUCUAAUGUAUUUCCAAUAAAACAAUCUUUCCAAUUGGAACGGCCCAAUUCCGCGUUUGAAAUCGAGCGAAUGUUUAGGGAAUUACUAGAAAAAUUAAAUUUUAAAUCUUUACCGCCACAAGCAACAAGAGAAAUGUUAAAUUAUGAUAUCGACAGGAAAUGGAUGAUGAUUGAACAAGAUGCAAGAGCUGAAUAUGAUAGACAACAACGUUAUGCUAGAGCUCAAAAUAUUUUUCUGCCAGAAGAAUACGCCAAAGUAUUAAUGUCAAAACAAGUAAGCACCAAUCAAUUGAGUGGAUUGUGGUUGGCUCUACGAAGUGAACCAAUUGAUUGGGUUAGGCGCUUUGUUUACGAUUGUCAAGGAGAUACAUUAUUACUGGUUUAUUUGACCAAACUACAACAAGAAAUGGUUUCAUGCAACAUUACCGAUAUCGAGGAUGAUAUUUUCGAUAAAGAAGUCAAUGUGUUACAAUCACUUAAAUGUCUAAUGAAUCAGCGUCUUGGGGCAGAAAGAAUCAAAACCGAUGUCGACGUAUUUGUUAAUGCUGUUUCUGGAUCAUUAUUAUCACCAAGAAUUAUCACACGAAAAUUGGCAACUGAUACUUUGACAUUUAUGAUUUCUUACAACGGGAAUAAUGAUAAUGGAAGAUAUCAUAAAGUAUUACGUGCAUUGGAUUCAAUAAAUGAGAAAUCAAGAAUGGAAUUUGAUAGCCCGGAUAAUUAUAGUCCUCGAAAGUUGACACGAAAACCUCCACAACCAGCUAAUUUCAAACGGUUUGAAUUGUGGUUAAAUGUUGUUGAAAAAACAAUUGAUGCCCGAGGGAAAUUUAGAAAUUCCGAUGUUGGUGCCAGUGAUGAGCUAAAAUCGGCAUAUGCGGGAACACGAGGCAGCGUCAUUACUACCCGAAAUCAAUUGGAAAAUCAUUUAGUUGAAUAUUGCAUUGCAACAAUGUUAUUGAUUAAUGUUAUUGUUGGUAACGGUACUGAUUAUAGAGUGAGAAUACACCUUAGGGCCCAAUUCAGAGCUGCAGGCUUAGAUCGUAUAAUACACAAGUUUUUAGAAUUGGGUAAUGAAGAAUUGGAUAAUAUGAUUACUAGACAUAAAAUUGAUGCCAAUAACGAUGAAGAAGAAUUGAAAUAUAGUGCGAAUUUUAACAAUGAAGACAAUGAAGUUGAUUUCAAUGAUCCAGUCAAUUUAGUUCAAUCACUUUGGCAGAGUGUCAAGAAUUCUGAUGCAGAAGGGUAUUUCCUUAGUGCAAUCCAACACUUGUUUUUGAAUCAAUCUGAGAAAAGAGGCAAUCCAGAGGAAAUGAAUAGAAGUUUGCGUGUUCUAGAUGGAUUGAUUCAAAACAUAUCUUCAGUUCGUACCGUAAGUGAAGAUACAGCUAUAAAUGUGGCAAUCAACAAAUUGAUUUCAAAUAUGAGUACCGACGACAUGUAUCGUAAGGCAUUAGAAGAUGUCAAGAUAUAUCGAAGAAUAGCCGAAGAAGCAACUGCAGAACGUGAUGAUAUGUCUCGACAGUUAUCCAUGGGUGCCGAUGGAUAUAUCAAUAGUUUAUUAAAUGAUGUUAAGGAACGUGACAUGGUGAUUUCUCGAUUCCGAAGAAUAAAUGAAGACAUGAAAGAAGAAUUAGAGCAAAUGAAAACUAAAUACAUGCAAGAAAAACAGGAGCUGGAAUUGGAAAUGAGAGAAUUAUUGAUAAUGCUCAAUAAUAGUGAAAUAGGAGCUAAUGCAGUGAAGAAAGAUGGAGGUAAAACUACUAUACUGAUUAGUACAUCUAAUGAAGAAUUGGCUGCCAGAUUGAAAAAGCAAAUACAUCGCCGACGUGCCGAGUAUAAAUUGGAUAACCGACAACUAGGCACCAAUGUUGAGCCACUGUCCAGAUUAAGAGCAUUAAGAGACCAAAUGGGUGAUAUUGAAAAUAUGGCAAGAGAAUUGGAAAUGACAGAUUUUGAAACUUAUGCUGAUCCAGAAGAAGAGGAAAAUAAUAAUGAUCAAUCGCCAGAAAAAUCAGAAAUAGAUGAAUCGCGGUCAUCACAGGAGAGUGAAGCAGAAAUACAGUCUGUGGAAGAAGACGAGGAAGAGGAAGAAAAAGAGGUUGUUAUUCCUCCUUUGCCUGUUCCAUCUGGUCCAAAAAGAGCUGUUCGUAAUGAUGAUUUGGUUAGACUUGAUCAUUUACGGAAGAAAUUAGCUAAUUUACAAAGUGAAUCCAAUGAUAUUAUGAAAUACAAUAGUAGUUCAAUGUUUAACAAACAGAAAUUCCUUGCCAUGGAAAGACUUCAAGAAUUAGAGAACAAUUUUAAGGACUUUAAUAUUGAUUUUGCUGUCUCGGAUCCCGAAGAUAAAUAUAAUUUCAAUUCAAAUGCAGGUUCUGUUGACGAUUCCAUUAAGAACAAGACAAAGGAAGUUUUGGCAGAAGCAGAACAAAUCAGAGAAGAAUUGAGAAGACAAUUAGCAGCUGCUCAAAAGAUAAAAUCACCAUCACCUAAACGUAAUACUGUGCUAGAAAGAAUUGAAAACAAAUACGUUAAAGGUCAAGUGAAGAUUGAUGCUCCUGAUGUAGUAAGUAAUCUGCCACGAACUCAAAAGAGGGCUCAUAGAAGUACCACUUUGAAUGCUAUGGAUCCAAAAUUCCUUCAAGAAUUGAGCUUAAAAGUUGGUAAAGCUGAACCAAUUCAAGACGCAAAUAAUAAAAAUCAAUUUGGUGGACCAUUACUGAGUUCUCCUGAAGAUGUAUCACAGAAACAUAAAACGUCCGGUGAUCUGUCUGAUAAAGAUAAAGUAUUAUCCUCACCAAUUUCUAGUAAUGAUAUCAAAUCUCCCGAAACUGGAAAUUCUACUACCCUGUCUGCAGCACCUCCACCUCCGCCUCCGCCUCCACCUCCUCCGCCACCGCCAUUACCACCAAUUUUGGGAGGAAACAAUUCUUCUGCAGCACCACCGCCACCGCCACCACCACCUCCUCCACCAGCAUUUUUGAAUGGAAGUGGAUCCGUGAUACCUCCUGCACCACCAUUGCCACCUCCUUCAAGUGGUCGACUGAGUCGAUCCGUACCAUCCACUGUAACAAAAUCUUCCGGUUCAGCAUUUGACAAGAUUCCAAGACCAAAGAAAAAAUUGAAACAAUUGCAUUGGGAAAAAAUCGAUCAUAGUCAAGUUGGUAAUUCAUUUUGGAAUGAUCCAAAUACCCAUACUCUUGUUGAUGACUUGAUGUCCAAAGGUAUUUUUGAUGAAAUAGAACUUAUAUUUGCUGCGAAAGAAGCCAAGAAAUUAGCAACAAAGAAAAAAGAAGACUUGGAUAAAGUAACAUUCUUAGCUCGUGACAUUUCCCAACAAUUCAGUAUCAAUCUACAUGCAUUUAAUUCAUUUUCCGAUGAGGAAUUUGUCUUGAAAGUAUUGCGCUGUGAUAAAGAUGUUUUGACAAAUCCUGCAGUAUUAGAUUUCUUUGGUAAAGAGGAUAUUGUGGAGAUAACCAACACAUUGGCAAGAAACUUUGAGCCAUAUUCGACUGAUUAUAAAACAGAAGAAAUUACAAAACCAGAAAAAGAUCCAAAUGAAUUGCAGAGACCUGAUAGAAUCUAUUUGGAAUUGAUGUAUAAUUUACAACAUUAUUGGAAAUCAAGAACCAGAGCCUUGAAUGUUGUCGUUAAUUAUGACAAGGAUUACGUUGAAUAUGUGAAGAAGUUACGAUUAAUUGAUGAAGCUGUGGACAGUAUUAAGAAUUCAAAACAUUUAAAGGGUGUAUUUGAAAUUAUUUUAGCUGUUGGUAAUUAUAUGAAUGAUUCAGCAAAACAAGCUCAUGGGUUUAAAUUGAGUUCUUUACAAAGGUUGAGUUUUAUGAAAGAUGAGAAAAAUAGUAUGACAUUCUUACAUUAUGUUGAGAAAGUUAUUAGAACCCAAUACCCUGAAUUUUUGGAAUUCAUAAAUGAAUUAUCUUGCUGUAAUGAAAUCACCAAGUUUUCCAUUGAAAACAUUAAUAAUGAUUGUAAAGAAUAUGCUCGUGCCAUAAAGAAUGUUCAAAGCUCAAUAGAUAUUGGUAAUCUAAGUGACGUUUCUAAAUUUCAUCCGCUGGAUCGGGUAUUGAAAGCCGUGUUGCCGGCUUUGCCAAGAGCUAAAAGAAAGGCUGAAUUGUUAUUGGAUCAAGCAAAUUACACAAUGAAAGAAUUUGACGAUUUAAUGAAGUAUUUUGGCGAAGAUCCAACAGAUCAAUUUGUUAAGAAUUCAUUUAUAUCCAAGUUUACUGAUUUCAUGAAAGAUUUCAAACGAGUACAAGCAGAAAACAUAAAACGUGAAGAAGAAUUGCGUGUUUAUGAACAACGGAAAAAAUUACUAGAAAAACCAAAGAGUUCAAACAAUGGUGAUAGCAAUGCUCUGGAUCAAGAUGGCGAGAGUAAUGAAGGAGAUGGUGGUGUUAUGGAUUCAUUAUUACAGAGGUUGAAAGCAGCUGCACCAACUAAAGGUGAAUCUGCAUCAGCACGGAAAAAGGCAUUAAUGAGAAAACAAAUAUUGGAAAGUCAACGUAAAAGGACAACUGGGUCUGUUGGCUCACCAACUAAUGUCUCACCUACAAGAAAUAAUGAAUCUGACAGUGGGGUUGAUAACAAAGAUGAUACCCAUGGUUCUUCUCCAUUGGAUGAACAAUUUCAUGAUUCUAUUACAACACAAGAAGACCGAAUAAGAGAUGAUAAUAGGCCGCCUGAAGGAGUUGCUGAUUUCAGUAAUGUAGAAGAUCCAGAGAAUCCAGAUGUGGGUGCCAGAGCAAAGAAUUUAUUACAAGAACUUCGUGGUGCAGAUGAAUCGUCUAGCAAACUCUCUGAUGCUCAAAGAUAUCGACAAGAAAGAUUGAAAAAGAAAAGUGUUCAAAUAGAUCUUGAUGAAGUGGCUAAGAAUAACAAUAGUGAGUAG